GAUCAUAAAACCCCAAAACCUUUCACUCGGUGGCUCUCUCUGGUUCGCAUCUCUUCGAACCAACCUGCGGCAGCCGCCUCUCUCUCUCCAUCGCUUCUCAUUGCCGUGAAGAUGCCGAAGCAUUACAGACCUCCUGGGAAGAAGAAGGAGGGAAAUGCUGCCAAGUACAUCACGAGAACGAAGGCUGUUCACCAUCUUCAAGUCAGUCUCCCCACCUUCAGGAAACUAUGCAUCCUCAAAGGCAUCUUCCCGCGAGAGCCGAAGAAGAAGGUCGAAGGAAACCACAAGACUUAUUAUCACACGAAGGAUAUCGCGUUUGUUGCUCACGAUCCUCUGGUCGAGAAAUUCAGGGAUAUAAGGGCCCAUAAGAGAAAGGUUAAGAAGGCUUUGGCAAGGAAGAAUAGGGAACUUGCAGAUCGGCUACUGAACCGCCAGCCAACAUAUAAGCUUGAUAGGCUUAUCUUAGAGAGGUACCCAGCUUUUGUUGAUGCACUUCGAGAUUUGGAUGACUGCCUCACUAUGGUACACCUUUUUGCGGCACUGCCUGCUGUAGGGGGUGAACGUAUUCAAGUGGAACGGAUCCAUAAUUGUCGAAGGUUAAGUCAUGAAUGGCAAGCCUACAUAUCUCAAACUCAUAGCCUUCGGAAAACAUUCAUAUCUGUGAAAGGCAUAUAUUACCAGGCUGAGGUUGAGGGUCAAAAGAUCACAUGGCUAACACCACAUGCCCUGCAACAAGUUUUGACAGAUGAUGUUGACUUCAAUGUUAUGCUUACCUUUUUAGAGUUCUAUGAGGCUCUUCUAGGUUUUGUAAAUUUUAAGCUUUACCAUUCAAUAAAUGUGAAAUAUCCACCUCUGCUAGACCCUCAACUAGAAGCUUUAGCAGCAGGUAGAUAUUCGGAUAGCUGGUUGCUUUUGGUGUUUUUAGAGCUUUAUGCAUUAUGUCGUUAUGUUUCUGCUGCUCCUGAAAGACAAUUGGGGGAUUCUCAAGCCAUCAGUUCUUCUGAAAAUGAACAGUCUGAGGACAAAAAAGUAGAUGCACAAACUGAUGAAUCUGAUCUUAGAUUGGCUCAGCUUCAGCAUCAGCUUCCAGCCAAUGAACCAGGUACAUUGAUGCACCUUGUGGAGGAUGCUACUGGUGCAGAUGAUGAGGACAAUGAAACAAAGGAGUGCAAAAAUCUUUUCAAAAAGUUCAAGUUUUUUUUAAGCCGUGAGGUCCCAAGGGAGUCACUGCUUUUCAUUAUUCCAGCUUUUGGAGGUGUGGUUUCUUGGGAAGGUGAUGGUUCUCCAUUUAAAGAAUCUGAUGAGGACAUCACCCAUCAGAUUGUUGAUAGGCCAACACAAGGUCAUAUGUUUCUUUCUAGAGAAUAUGUGCAACCACAAUGGAUUUAUGAUUGUGUAAAUGCCAGGACCAUAUUACCAACAGAGGCAUAUUUGGUUGGAAGGGUUCCUCCAGCUCAUUUGUCACCUUUUGUUGAUAAUGAGGCAGAAGGUUAUGUCCCUGAAUAUGCUGAGACAAUCAAACGCCUCCAAGAUGCGGCUAGCAAACAAGUUUUACCAAUGCCAGGUAUAGAGAGUGGAGAUUUGGAUGAUCCACAGAAUCUGUUGGCUGAAGGAAUCAUUGAUCGGACAGAAGCUAGUGAAGCUGCUGAAAAGAAACGGAAGUUGGCAAUGCUCGAGAAGCAGUACCAUGAUGAAUUGAACAUGGAACUUCAGGGGAUUACUUACUCUGCUUCUUUGUCAAAUAAGAAUUUGCAGAGCUCGGUUGAAGAUGUACAGGAAGAUGCUCCUGCAGAUCCAGAGCAAAUGGAAAAGGAUACCCGUGACCUUUCCAUGGUUGCCAUGUCACGAAAAAAGAGGAGGCUGUAUGAAGCAAUGCAGGUACUCAUUUAUCUUUCUGUCUGCUUGAGUGGUCUUGCAUCUUGCUUUACAAACCAUAAAAAUAACCAUCAGUUUAGGCCAGGGUAAGCUGGAAAUUGGCAA